GAAGAAACUACACAGUACAACUCAAAUUCUCAGCGCGUUAGGUAUUAUUUAUAAUAGCUAUUUUGUUUGCCGUUUUUUUUAGAAUAAAGGUCUCUGCCCGUAUUCGAGACGACAAGGACCACUCCGCCAUAAAAAUACAUACAUCAAAUGAAAAACAGAAGAGCAGUCAGGAUGUGACGACAGGAGCCUGUGUUUUUCUGGUGUGUUGUCUAUGUGAGGGCUGUUGUUUCUCUCCGUCUUUGCUGUGAGCAGCCCGGUGUAACCAGAGCACCUGGUCCCGGAGUAAAACCCAGUGCCAAUGACCAUCUCUGACCAUCACUACUCAUUCUCAUGUAGUUAACAGUCGUGUUUAAUAAGGAAUGGAGGUGGUGGACAGCCCUCUCAACCUCGCCCAUCAGCAGUGCAGGAAAGCAGACCGAUUUCUGGCUGCUGGAAAAUAUGAAGAGGCCAUCUCUUGCCAUAGAAAAGCUGCAGAACUGCUGAAAGACGCCAUGAAGCUCACAGAGUGUGAACAGGCUCGGCUGUCUCUGGAGCUCCAGCGAGACAGUCAUGUGAAGCAGCAGCGGUUGAUCGAGGAGAGAUGGAAGCGGGCCAGGCGAGAGGGCAAGCCGCGGAUCCUUCAGGCUGUCCCGUCCUCGGAGCAGUCACUUCACCCCCAGUCCAGUUCCUCCUCUUCCUCUGGCCCAGCUGCCUGUCCUGAUCGUGAGUAUGAUACUUGGCUGUAUCUGCUGAAGAACAAAGGCACUACCCCGGAGCCGUGCGCUGGCAGCAAGGCCCAAAAAGAUGACAAGACACGGCUGGAGGAGCAGCAGACCACCAUCGAGGACCUGCGGCGGCUGGUGGACCGGCUGGUGGGUGAGAAUGAGCGGUUGCAACAGGAUAACGACCGGCUUCGAGCUGAGAACGCCCGGCUGCGCAAGGAACCAUACGCUGAUGCCGACUUCGUAGAGAAGUCGGAGCUAUGGGUGCUGCCGCAGGCGGCCGAGGAUCGCAAGGCCAAGGACAUUUCCAUCCCGCACCUGCCACCGCUGGAGAUGCCGCAGGACAUCCCCCUGGAGGACCUGCCCGCUCUGGAGCUGCCCGAGGACAUCCAGCAAGAGCUGCAGGAGCUGCUGGACGGAGAAAAGCUGUGAGCGCCCGUCCAUACACUUGCCAAAGGGAGAAGAUUAUGCCGUCAAAAGCGACGAGGGAAUUUGAUGAAUUUCUGGCCUUCAGCACAGUGGCAUAGCUCUAGAUGACAUAAAUGCUAACUUUUUUUUUUUCUCGUUCCUUUCUUCAAUGAUGCCCACCUAGGUACUGCAGCUAUUUGAUAACAUGAAACAAACAACAAAAAAAGAACUCAUUUUGCAAGACUUGUGCCUUUUUGAAUAUCUCUAUUGUCUAACGAAAGGGACUGAUGAGAAGAAUAUCUGCUCUAUGGAAGCCAUGAUUGUAAAACUGGCUCUGGGAGCGCUCGACUGAUGCGUUUGGAAAAUAUCAGACUGACCUUCGUCAGUAAGAAACCUGGGCCUCUCAGAGACCCUUUUGUACUGCAAAACUUAUCCUUUUCUCUCCACACAAAAACAGACAGUGAGCACUGUGAACUACAUCCAUAACGUGUGAAUGCGUACGAGAUGAAGUGUGUGUUUAUGUGGCUUCCUGACUUGUGGUGAGAUGUGGUGUUGUGACGACGUGGAUCGUUGUGGAAAAUCGUGAAUGUGCGCCUCCGAUCGUGUCCUGUCAUUUCCAGCGUCAGCCUUUGAAAUAGCUACAGGAUGUCUUUCCAGUAGUUAAGCUUUCACAUCUGUUCUGUUGAGGCCGAUGGCUUGAACUCUGCUACUGUCCAAGAAGCAGAGAGGCCUCGAUGCAGUUAUGCGCUUAGUCAUGCAUUACCCCCGCGUGCAGAUUUUUAAAAAUGGCUGCAUAAGUCAAUAGCUGAGAUGUAAACAAAGUCAUUCAGAGUGGUUUGAUGUGUAUUGGCCCUUUACCACCUUUGAUUUCUUUACAGUGAUGAUAAAAGGACCUGGGGGUUGUAAUAGCCCAAAUGCAAAUAUAGCUUUUGCGAAGUGUCCAGUUUUAAACUGGAUAGUCUGGUUUUAAGGUCGGUAGUCGACUGGACAUUUUCAAGUCAGGUUUCACUCUAAAUAUUUUCAUUCAGGACUAUUUUACCUUACAGCCCCCUGAAGUACCUAAAUAUGUUUUAAGGCAGAAUCUUAUGUCAGAACUAAUGAGAAAUGAUGAGUGUGUUUACAUGCACUUAAUAAUCUAAUAACUGCAGAAAAUCAGAUUUUGUCAGUAAUCCAGGUCUACAUGAGUCAGACAAUAAUUGGAUUUCUGCUUUGCGAACAGCCAAUAAUCUCACGAAGAACACGUGACGUGAACAUAGUGUAAAACUCAAACUAAAACAUUUUUUAAAAACUGCAUCACUUUACCUGAAAAUAUGAAUGUACAUAAUCUAGAAGAUGAAGAAAAAUUAAAUCCCUCAUUUCGUCAAGCAUGUAUUUGGUUUCAGUGUCGCUCCAAAAGUGUUUUGCUGCCGUCUCGUGGCAACGCUGCUUGUUUACUUCCAGUACCGCCAUCUGUUUUCUUUUGCACAUGCACAGACUAAGGAAUCUGAAUGAAAUCCGAGGAAGAGUUUACAUGCGUUGAGAAAUCUGACUACUGAGCUAAAAUCCAGCUCUCUUUAUUGGAUUUCUUAAUCAGAUUUCUACACCUUACUCCGAUCUAAGAAAUCGGAGUAUGCUGUUUGCACGACCAUUUGAAUAAUCAGAUAACUGCAGAAAUCCGAUUAUGAUCGGAUUACUGAGUGCAUGUAAGCAAUUCACAACAAUUACAUCCCAUAACUUCAUGUAAUGCUUUUAGAGGCCUUAACGCUUUAGACUCUGGUUCCUAUCACCACCGUGAACAAUUCUAACUGUGUAAUUUCUCUAGAACAGAAUUUUACACCAGACCACUCUGAAUGACUUUACAGCUUAGCCAUUUAAUUACUCAGAAUAAAAAAAAUAACCUGGUGGAAUUUCCCCCUUAACCAGCUUGAUAAAACCCACUUGUUUCGCCUUAUUAAAAAAAAGCCCUGCAACACAGUAAAAUGGUGUCAUGAUGUCUUUGAACUGUUGUUGUGGUGCUAGGCAACCCAAGACAGCAAAAUGAAAUGCACAACCAGCCACCAUUAUUUUUGCAAGCUCUCCAAGUUACGUGGCUUUAUGAGGUUUUGCAGUAGCAGCACAGAAUUUUAGUCUCAGAUCCAUCAGCACAUCUAAAUGGAAAAACCUAAAGCCUUUCCCAAGUCCCACGUCAGGAUCUUUGUGAACUAUCUCAAGUGUAAGGUUGUGUAAUAUAUUUUUGGUUC